AUGCGGCGGCGGCGGCGCUUGAAGGGGUGCGGCGCUGAGCCGGCGGCUCCGCUCGCAGGAGGCCGCUACGAGCUCCUGGGGCCCCUGGGCCACGGCGCGUUCGGCCGGGUCCACCUGGCGCGCGACACCGAGGCCGCCGCAGAGGAGGCCACGUACGUGGGUCCCCGUGGCCCCCGCAGCCGUGGGUCGCCUUGUCCCUGCGACACCAGCGUGGUGCUCAAGGAGGUUCCGCUUGGGGGGGCGGCCCCGGGGCACGAGGCGCGGGCCCUGGCCGAGGCGCGGCUGCUGUCCCGGCUCGGGCACCCGGCCGUGCUGCGCUUCCACGGCAGCUUCGUGCAGGACGCCAGCCUCUACAUCGUGACGGAGCACUGCGAGGGAGGAGACCUGCACAUGGCCGUGGAGAGGCGGCGGCAGGAGGGCUCCCAGUUCGCGCUGUCACGUGUCGUGGAGUGGUUCGUGCAGCUGCUGCUGGGCCUGCAGCACCUCCACGACAGGCACAUUCUCCACAGGGACCUGAAGACGAGAAACAUCUUCCUGAAGAACGGCAUGGUGAAGAUCGGGGAUUUCGGCGUGUCCCGCGUGCUGGCGGGGCCCGCUGACCUGGCCCUCACCUUCACGGGGACCCUGCACUGCAUGAGCCCCGAGGCUCUGCAGUGCAGGGGCUACAACUCAAAGUCCGACGUCUGGUCUCUGGGCUGCGUGCUGUACGAGCUGUGCGUGCUGGAGGCCGCCUUCACGGCGCGCAGCUGCGUAGCCUUGGCCUUGCGGAUCACCCAGGGCCCCACGCCGGCCCUCCCGGCCUCGCGCCCAGCCGCCCUCAACGCCAUCGUGCAGAGGAUGCUGAGCAAGGAGCCCGAGGGGAGGCCGUCAGCCGGCGAUCUGCUCCGGGAGACGAUCGUCGAGAGCGCCAUGCAGGGACUCCGGGACAAGCUGAGCGCGCUGACUGCCAGCGAGGGUGCCGAGCGCGGAUGCAGCCGCGGCCACCCAGGGACGGGAGGGGGGCCUGGCGCGGGGGGAGGCGAGGCCGAGGAGGAGGAGGGUGGUGGUGGUGGCGGGACGUGGGCGAGUGGCGAGAGCGGGGAGGGCGAUCGCGCGCUCCGAACCAAGCUCGGCGCGUCCCCCGUGCGCGUGGGCAGCGAGGGUGGGCGAAGCGAGCGCCGGGCACUCCCCGAGCACCAGGAGUACUCCUCCACCUCCUCCACCUCCUCCACCUCCUCCUCCACCUCCUCCUCCAGCCUCGAGGGCGGUGUCGGCGCUCUGCUCGACUGCCUGCGAGGAGCGCUGCGCGGGAGCACGAGGGCCACGGAGACGGAGCACGUGGGGGAGCACGUGGGGGAGCACGUGGGGGAGCACGUGGGGGAGCACGUGGGGGAGCACGUG